GUCUGCAGCUUCAAAGUGACAAAAAUACAUCUAAACUUAAUACUGAGUGAUUCUGACAGAGCCAUAUGACAUGCUGUUUACUGCGUACACACUUAGACAAUUUAUGAGCCGGAGUUUACUGAGGAAAAGGUGAUUCAAAGCACCGGAGGAAAAAGUGGAGACACAGCUAAACUGGAGAGCAGGAGAGAUUCCAAUUUACCUGGAGGUGCAGGAAUAAAGAUAAACCAGCGGAUCAAACAGGGCUGCAGUCUGCGGCGCACACCAACCACAGUCCACCGCCGAACUGAAGCAGAAGUUUGUUUCUGACUUUCUUCAAUGUUCUGGAGUUAAAUCGGAAAACCAGAAAAGCCGAAUGAAAGUGCAUCUUCAAAGUUUGUCCAGCUGCGGCAGAGCACCCGGGGAUGCUCCACUGGGUUAUCUCCUGCCAUCUGCCUCAAACACCCGGAAACUAUCCACUCGUUAUUACCACAAUACCUCUAAAAGGAUAUCUGGCCACAGUGGAGAGAUAAAACGAUGCUAACCAGACACACGAGCGAGAUACUGGAACCAAAGAAUGAAUGGACAGAAGCUGUGGACACGUGUGGCCGUGAUGGCACUUCUUGUGCUAACGGUGAUGGCAGCUGAAGGUGGAAAAGCAGAGAAACAAGGAAAGAGGGAGCGCAAGUCAGACUGUGGGGAGUGGCAGUGGAGCGUGUGUGUAGCCAACGAAGGGGACUGCGGACUCGGCACCAGAGAGGGGACACGCACCGGGACCGACUGCAAGCAGACCAUCAAGACCCAACGCUGCAAGAUCCCCUGCAACUGGAAGAAGAAGUUUGGAGGAGAAUGCAAGUACGACUUCCAGGCUUGGGGGGAGUGCGAUUUGGCGACGGGCAAGAAGAACAGGACAGGCGUGCUGAAGCGAGCGCUCAUGGAUGCGACCUGUGCCGCCACUGUCACAGCUACUAAGCCCUGUGGGAAAAUCCCCAAGACCAAGCUGCAAGAUGCAAAGAAGCAAAAGAAAGACGGCAAGAAGCGAGAGCGCACCCAAAUGGACUGAUGAGGAUGUUAGUGGAAGGAAGAAAAGGGUGGAAAGAAACGUCCACUGCCCUGUUCCAACGCGGUUCCUCUUUGUAUAUCCUGUAGGUUGACAGUAGGAGCCUGUAGAGCUUUGACGAAACACGUGGAAAUUUGACUUUUAGUGUGUUUUACUUUUUCUUCUUUCUAGCACCUGAUAAGAAAAUCUUGUAUGUUGCCAUAGAAGACAUAAUACAAAUAAUGAAUUUGGAGGACAUUUGUGAAAUAGUGUUUUGACCUAAUGAUGUUAUUUCUAGGAUUAUUUUCUUAAGAACAAAUUGGAUAGGAUUUGGUUUACAGUUGCAUAGCUUAAUGUUAAUUUGGAAAGCUCUCUGGUCCGUGCAGUGACUUAAUGAGACACUUCGCUAAAAGUGAAGCUCGCUUAAUUAAUUUGAGCAAGAAAAAAAAAAAAACAAGCUGUGUACUUGCAAUUUUUAAGUAGCUCAAUUAAAGGGUAACAUUCCUACCCCCCAAUUAUACUCCACUUUGAUAUUUAGCUUUAACUUCCUUUAAGAAAGCUAGCUCUGUGUGGAAAAGCUACUGUACAAGUUUCCUUCUGCUGCUCUGUUGUACCUCAAUUUAUACGCACUGUAAAAAAUUAAGCCGUUGCUUUUUGUAGUCCCCAAGUUGGAGUUAACAUUCCUUUUGUUUCCUGAUACAUUUCCAAAAAUAAAAAUGAAUACAAAAAUAAAAAA